UCACUAAUAAAAGCACUAAAAAUAAAAUUUUUUAUUAAAAUAAUUUCUCUGAAUUUGAAAUGAAAAAAUUUUUAGCGCCCAAAUAUCAAACUGCGUACGCCUGCGAAGGUAAGAAACUAACAAUCGAAUGCGAACCAGGCGAUCUGAUUAAUUUGAUACGAGCCAAUUAUGGACGUUUCUCUAUAACGAUAUGUAAUGAUCACGGCAAUAUGGAGUGGAGUGUAAAUUGUAUGUUUCCAAAGAGUUUGACGGUUUUAAAUUCAAGAUGUGCUCACAAGCAGAGCUGCAGUGUAUUAGCGACGACUAGUAUGUUUGGGGAUCCUUGUCCGGGAACGCAUAAAUAUUUAGAAGCCCAUUAUCAGUGCAUUUCGGCCCUGCAAACUUCAACGACCACCAGUCGACCUAGUCCACCACCUUGGGUGCUAUCGAAUGGUCCUCCCUUAUUACCUAACGGUAGCAGCUCUUCAAUUAUACCUGCCAUUGUAUCGCCACCUUUACAGCCCGCCGCCGUGCCACCGCGUUUACCACUACCGGGUGCAAGUAAUGGUAACGUAGUGCCACCAACUGUUCCAAAUGGGGGCAUUUGGAAUCAAAUACCUUCUUCACCUGGGCCACCUACUACACAUACUACAUUGCCGGGCGGACGUUUAAAAGGUGGUUAUAAUCAAACUGCGUCAAAAAGUCCAACAAGACAUGACGGUUUACCACCCCCACCUCAGUUACAUCACCACCAUCAUCAAACAGGAUCAGGUUCAACGGGAGCGGGACAUCAUAGUAAUGCAGAUGUUGGACUUAAAGAUACAAAUCCUACGCAUAAAACAGUAGAAGAAACUAAAACGAAUAAAAAUUCUGCUGCAAUACCCACCAAUGGCACUUCACCGCCAAACACCCGUAUACUUACGGGAGUGGGUGGUACUGGAAGUGAUGAUGGUAUUUUAUUAACUGCCAAAACUACAGCCAGAGGCCAGCAACAGCAGCAGCAACCAUCAACCUCUUCACUGCCUAUCGAUGCUACUACGACAUCUUCGGAUGGCACGAACAACAGCACCGUCUCUCAAGGUUCCUCUGGGCUGAUACGAACUAUUAAUAAUAUAAACGUAAAUAUCGGUCUGGGAGGAGAAGAUGAAACAAAUUUGUUUUGUCGCCCAACUAACGCCCGCAAUCUUUUCUGGAAUGUGACUCGAGUGGGCGAUGUUAAUGUGCAACCAUGUCCUGGUGGCGCCACUGGCAUAGCUAAGUGGCGUUGCGUACUUAUGAAGCGAAUCUCUUUAGAUGAUGAAUAUUUUUUUGAUACAACCACUACCAAAACACCUAUUUGUAAUGGCACGAACUGUGAUACUGCAAAAAUUAAUUCAAAAUUACGAAACUUUGAACCCACCUGGCAUCCCUUGACACCUGAUCUGACCCAGUGCCGUAGCUUAUGGUUAAAUAACCUAGAGGUGCGUGUAAAUCAACGAGAUUCUUCUCUUAUAUCAAUAGCAAAUGAUUUGUCGGAGGUGACUAGUAGCAAAACGCUUUACGGCGGCGAUAUGUUGGUUACAACGAAAAUCAUACAAACGAUGUCGGAGAAAAUGUUCCACGACAAGGAAACUUCUCCCGAUCAGCAUUUACGAGAGGCUAUGAUUUUGGAAUUACUGCAAGGUGUGGUAAAGACAGGUUCUAAUCUGUUGGAUGAAUCGCAGUUAUCCUCUUGGUUGGAUCUCAAUCAGGAAGAUCAAAUGCGGGUAGCUACUUCAUUAUUGACAGGAUUAGAGGAUAAUGCUUUCCUAUUGGCUGAUACGAUAAUACGGGAAAGGAAUGUAGUACAAAAAGUGAAAAAUAUACUGCUCUCGGUAAGAGUAUUGGAAACUAAAAGCAUACAAAACAACGAGAUCUUUCCCGACGUCGAGCAAUGGCAGAUCUCAGAUGAUCGCAUAGAAUUACCUAGGGCGGCUUUAAUCGAAAAUAGCGAGGGUGGCUUAGUGCGCAUAGUCUUUGCAGCCUUUGAUCGCUUGGAAUCUAUAUUGAAGCCAUCUUAUGAUCACUUUGAUUUAAAAACCGCUCGAAGUUAUAUACGCAACACAGCUGUUUUAUCGAAUGAUACGGAUUCUUUAAAUUCCGUUCUGCAACAACGUUUACGAAUUUUAAAUAGUAAAGUGAUAUCGGCUAGUUUGGGAAAAGGUCGCCAUAUACAACUCUCACAACCUAUCAAGUUGAUUCUAAGACAUCUGAAAGUCGAAAAUGUUACAAAUCCGACUUGUGUUUUUUGGAAUUACAUUGACCAUGCUUGGUCGGCUAAUGGUUGCGUUUUGGAAUCCACUAAUCGCACUCACAGCGUGUGCAUGUGCAAUCACUUGACGAAUUUUGCAAUACUAAUGGAUGUCCUGGAUGAACAUACGCAUUCUCUAUUUACUAUGUUCGAUGGGAACAUGCGUAUACUGAUCUAUGUCAGCAUUUCGAUAUGCUUGGUGUUCAUAAUUAUAGCUUUACUCACACUGAAAAUUUUUAAUGGAGUAUUUAUCAAGUCUGCUCGCACUUCAAUUUAUCGCAGCAUUUAUAUUUGUUUAUUUAUAAUCGAAUUGUUGUUCUUGUUUGGUAUCGAACAAACUGAGACGAGCAUAUUUUGCGGUUUCACUACAGUGUUUUUACAUUGUACCAUAUUGACUGCAAUUGCAUGGUUUUGCUUUGAAGCAUUCCAAUCGUAUACAACUUUAACCACCGACGAUAUAUUGCUUGAGGUCGAUCAGACUUCAAAAGUGAAUUGUUACUAUUUACUAUCGUAUGGCCUAUCCUUCACAAUAGUGGCCAUUUCGUCAGCUAUAAAUCCUAACACAUAUACACAAAACGAUUAUUGUGUACUAAUGGAGGCGAAUACGUUGUUUUACGCCACCUUUAUAACUCCCAUUAUGUUUUUCUUAAUGGGAGCUUUAUGUUACACAUUUCUUUCGUGGGUCAUUAUGUGUCGCAAAUCACGGUCGGCUUUGAAGAACAAAGAACAUACCCGGUUAGCGAACGUGCGCUUCGACAUACGAUGUUCUUUUAUAUUUUUGAUAUUAUUAUGUACGGUUUGGUCAAUGGCUUACUUGUAUUUGCGCAAUUCUAAAUUGGAUGAUGAAGUGGCCCAAAUUUAUGGCUAUCUAUUUAUAAUUUCCAAUACCUUAAUGGGAGUCUACAUAUUCGUUUUCCAUUGCAUACAAAAUGAAAAGAUACGGCGAGAAUACAGAAAAUAUGUGCGGCAGAAUUCUUGGUUACCGAAAUGCUUACGUUGUUCGAAGACCUCAAUAUCUUCGGGCAUUGUUGGUGGGGGUAGCGCUUGCGGUAUGACAGCAGCCGGUAUUACAAGUACAUUAAACAGCAAUUCGAACGUUAUAGGUUCCACAAUAUCUAGCGGCCAGGUUAAGAAGCCCAAAAUCCCCUUGGAAAGCAAUGAUGCGAAUGAAAAUGAAGAAGAGAUGGGUAAUAUCAUAGCAUCAACAGAAGAGGCAAUAAUAGCGUCGAGUGAUUGUGAAUUAAGUGAGGGGAAAACGAGACGGACUGGUAAUGUUGUAAGCAGUAAUGUUCUGGCAGUCGGUAAUGGGGGCAUAAAUGGAAAAACUGUGAUUAAGGCAAACAAUUUGAUACAACCGCAUGUUAAAAAUGAUCAUACACCAAAUCAGGUGGCUGUAGACCGCAGUAACCAUAGCAUAGGUGCGGUCGGAACUUCAGGCACAUUACGUUCCAACGGCGGCCUUCGUACACCGAGUGCGGGGCAUACGUCGCCUACUUCUUCGGUAAGUUCAACACAUUUAAUAUUUGGGCACAGCCACAAAGCACAACAACAGGUAGCUGCUGGAAACUUACAAAAUACAGGCCCUCAGGAAGCGUUUUAUCAUCAGCCCGACUAUUACGGUUGGCAGCAAAAGCCUGCUUCGGCAACGAAGAUGCAAUCUAGGGAUUUCCACGGUACAAGUAUCGUUAGCCAACAACCUCACGAAUUCUUUUAUUGGACUCAAAAACAUCAACAGGGCCACAAUAAGAAAAAGCGAGGCAGCAAUACUGGCUCGGAUUCGCCAAGUGGUUCCUUGCAUUCACGCAAUACUACCGCGUCCCAGCAAAUACUUUUCUAUCCUUCUUAUAAAAAGACCACUAUAAAGCAACAACAAGCUCAACAAUCACCACAUCAGCAGUACGCACAUUACGCGGAAACUUUUGACUCGGGUCCGGCCGCUUACUAUCAGCAGCAGCAGCAACAACAACAGCGAAGACUUCAUCAUCAGUAUUUGCAACAGCAACAACAACAGCAACAAAUGUCUUCGGACGAUGAGCAAAUGGAGCCAGCAGCUCAUGCCCAUUUGUUGCAACAAAUGACGCGACGCGGGGUGGUAGGAAGCGAAUUAAGUAUGCCGUCUACAACGCUGGUAAGCGCUAACCAGCAACGCUACUAUAAUAGAAAUAAGCAUUCCAACUGUGAUUUAAAUCAGCCGCCACAAGAUUACGAACGUCGUAGUAUCGGUGGUAGCGGUAGUGGCGGAGGCGAAGCCUAUUACAAUCAAGGGUCCUUGGCCAGUGAUAAUGGCCCUGUGUACGAGGAAAUUUUAAGUAAUCGAAGUUCCGAUGUACAACAUUAUAAUGUCGAUGAUAUGCUACCACAUGAUUAUGAAGAUGAAAGGACAAUUCAAACAGCGUUUCAACGUCAACAAACGCAACAACAACAGCAUAGGAUAAUGAAUCGCAAUGGACGAGGCGGUGCACGAUCGUUACAUGAAUAUGUUGGCGACUAUGAAGGACGUAACGGCAAUAGUCCCUACAGCGAUGAAGAUGAUAAUGAUAUGGACGACGAUGACGACGAUGAAGAUAACGUGGAGGAUGAUAACGAUGAUGAUGGAAUGCAACAUAUGCCGCCACAAAGUGAUGAGCGUAUGCGGCGUUUGAUGGCCAUACAAGAUGCCGAUUUUCAAAGGAGGUUUCAAAGGCAUUUACGUAAGCAAAACGGUGCACAUGAGAAUUCCGCCGCACCACCUGCCUAUCACGACUAUCACGAGGCCCAGUAUACAUCAGCAGGUGCGUCAUCGCAACCACAACAGCAGCAACAUCAACAACCACAAUUGACGGUUUUUGGGGUAAGUAGCGGCGCCGGAGGCUCUGUACGUAGUUUUAAAAAGACUGCAUCCGUUUCCGGUAGUCGCUUGGCUGUUAAUGAGCUCUUCAAUCAUGGUCCUCCUUUACCUCCGGCCAAUCAACAUCCAAUGCAUAAAAAAUCACAACAACAACUCUCGCCUCAAGCCAUUAAUCCAAUCAAUAGUACACCGAUCGGACGCAAUAUAUCAGCCAUGCUCGAUGAAAAUAACACGGUGAGGUGCUAUUUAGAGCCAUUGGAUAAGUAAAGUUUAUAUAGUGUAACUUUAAUUUAUAAAUGUUAUCGUCAUAUAAGUGUGUUGCUCCUUCCCUCCCUUCCUUUCUCACUUUCUUACAAAUCAGAAAAAAAAAGCAAAACAAACAAAAAAGACAUUAUUAAAAAAUAACCUACAAUUUUUUUAAUAUAAUCAAAAGACACGAAAAAUAAGAAAAAAAAAAAAAGAAGAGAGAUAUUAACAAUGUGUGUAUGAUGUACUACGGAAACAUUCGUAUUGGGGAAUGAAAUAGUCUCAAACAAUUCGUAAAAGUGUGUGUGUAGCAGCUUAAUAGGAAAAAAUGCAUUGAGAGAAUAAAACGUAAUCUAAGUUUAGGCUACAAACACAGAAAGCUAACACUUUAAUCUUUCUUAGGACAUUCGUAGUUUUUCCUUUCUUUGUUUUACUUUUUUUUAUUUUUAUUUUUUACUGCUAUAAUAGUUAUUAAGUAAAAAAGAAAAAAGAAGAUGGAUAUUUUUGAGUAGUUUACAUUUAGUUGAAAUGUUAUAUUUUUGGGAUACUUUGUUAUAAUUGCGAAUUUAAAUAAAUUCUUAUUUAAAGCUUUAAUAUUUUUUUAAAUAAUUUUUUUAUGUACAUAUAUUUAAUACUCCCUUUUUCUCCUUAUUUUUUGUUGUUUUUUUUUUUUAACAUAUCCUUAAUGUGUUUAUAAGCUUGCCUGUCAUUUUUUUUGUAGAAAUUUGAAAAAUCAUGUAAACUUUAUGUACAUUUAUCUAACAACUCUUGAAAUACAAAAGAUUAUUAAAUAAAUAAAUAUGUGUAUAGUACAUGAGAGGAAAAGAAUUACCUUUUUUGUGGAAGACAUUGUCCUUAAAAUGUAAGCUAUAUAAAAAAAAAA